CGCUUCGCCAAGUUUGGUGUUUUUAAAGACUAUCCCCUGAGUUUGUUUUAAUGCGUUCCGGCAUAACUGGCCGCUGAUUAAAGUUGUAAAGAAUGUAUCGUAGACCGCAGUUUGAUAGGCUCAAUCCUCGUAAUGUCCUCCCUAGUCGACACACCCUAUUUAUUCGAGGGCUUCCAGGGACGACAGACGUAACUAAAGUGAAGGACUUUUUCUGUAAUGAAACAAAUUCCAGGUGCUCUGUGGAGUUUUUUUCUACUUCAGAAGAUAAAAAAAGAUUCUCAGUCGCCAUACGAUUCAAGUCCCACGAGAUCGCCAGCGAAAUGCUUCGUCGACACAACGGCAAAACAAUGUUUGGUUACCCUGUAGAGCUAACUUGGUUCAAGGACCUCAAAAAAGCUAGAGCAAAGAUGUACGAAGAGCGGCGUCAGGUUAGACGUUUUCCUCCAAACCAGCGGGGUUUCCGAGGCCCAGAAAAGAGUAUCCCAUCCCCUGGAAACUAUGGUGAUGCUAGACGGAUCCGGACGGGCUCUUCCUCUUCAGGCGGUCGAGGGUAUAGAGAUAAUGGCAGGGACCGUAGAAGCAUAGAUCGUAGGAGCUUAGACCGCAGAAGCAUGGAUCGUAGAAGUACAGAUAGAAGGAGCACGGAACGCAGCACAGAUAGAAGAAGCACGGAACGAAGAAGUGUAUCAAGAAGUCGAUCAUUCACAGGGUCAUCGUCAAGGAGCGCUAGUAAUUCAGGCAGAUCUCGGUCAAGAUCAGUAUCUCGUACAAGGCAUUCUUUGCCUUCAAAUCCGGGUGAUUCAAUGCAUGCAAGUGAAUCUGAAUUCAAUGGUCACGCUUACGACGAUCGACGUUCCUCUCGCAAUCUCUCUCGCCGUUCUCAUGAUGGAAGUAGUAGCAGUAGUCGAUCUUCAGGGGGGCGAAAGCGUCAAGGUUCAUCUAAACGUCGCUCGUCAAAUAGAAAUAAUGAACAAUAUGAUCAAAGCGCAGAUGAAAACUCGUCUCCAGACUAUCAAACGCGAAGAAACCAGCGAGUUUCAAGGUCACCCUCAGUAAGCGAACGAAACCUUGCCUACUCAAAUGCUCCCGCUCCCAACCCGGAAGAUGGAUCUUCAUUGGUAAGUGGAUUAAUACAACUAAGACGCCAUGUUCGACAGGGUUUUGAACAGGCAUCUGUCCGAGAUGGCAGUUUUUCCAGAAGAACACGACAUUCUUCAGAAAAUUCAUCCUCAGGUGCCUCGGUCGCUAGUUCCAAUGGUGCUUUUGAUUCUCCGAGAAAUCGCAGUGGACGCAAACGGGUGCAUUCGAUUUCACCGCCCUAUAAUGACGUUCGUAAUCGUACUUCCAAGGCCAAGGCUGAAGCCGCUUCAAAUAGCGAUGAAAAAGACCAACCUGCAGUUGAAUCUCAAAAACGUAGAAAAACUAGGAAUGCCCAUUCACCAGCCAACAACACAGAAUCUCUCUCUGAACCACCCCAUACUCGGAGUAAAACUCAACGAACCAGUCUUCAAAAAACAUCGAGAGCCGAAAACUCAACAACAAUACGUCAAGUAAAUGCUGAUCGGAAACAAAGACCAAGUGCUGUCAAAGCAAAUAAAAAAUCUACAACUAAAGACUCUCCCCCAACGAUUGAAAAAAGUACUUCGAAGAAUAGUCAUAAUUCUCGACGCUCGGAUACUGCACGUUCUCCACUCUCUUUAACAUCACGUGCAACCAAACGUUGGCGAACUCCAGAAGAUGAAGUCAACGAUGACCAUCUCCAUAAAGAGGAAAAAUGGCCCUCAAGUAUCAGCAAAUCGGCUAAGCUAAAGAAAAAGUCUGCCAUUUCAUCUGCAAAUAAUUCUAGCGACAAUGAUCACUCUGAUACUUCGAAAGUUGAUGGUAAUCAAGUGACCAUUUCAAGAAAUAACAAUGUAACAGCAAAGGAAUCUCUGAAACCGUUAUUUAAAAAGUCCAGUUCAUCCUCAAACAAUAACAAUCAGUCAGUUACCGUCGGCUCUGCAUCAUCCGUCAAUAAUGAAGAAAAUGAGUCAGGUGAUUGUUCAGAUGAUGUAAUGAAUCUGAUUCGUGAUCGUAAAGAUGCGCUGGCAGAGGAUUAUAAACGGGAUUGCGAGGCAUUCACUACAGUCGUCCGCAUGCUAAUAAGGUAAUUUUUAUUUGCGUCCGUAAUGUAUCCUUCCUCUUACACUUAAAUCUAAUAUAAAUCUGUGCUUUGGCAAUUUUAGCAUUACAUGGCAAUAUUCUCUGCCUACGGAUAAGGGCUGAUUUCUUACCCUCAGAGUAUGGAACAGUGAAUUGAUUUAUAAAUAAUGGAUAUUAAUAUGAAUAAUUACGUUAGAUGCCAGCCAAUAUGUCUGAGACUCGUACGGUGCCUACCUGUUAACGGGCCAUAUGCUGGUUGUGUAAUUUAAAUAUACACUCAACUACGCCUACAAUUCCAGUUGGCGUUUGUUCUUUUGUAGAAUGUUUUGAUUGGUCAGACAAUUGUUGAUUGGGUGCUUACUUUCAUCCUCGUUCGUGUUUUAUCGAACCUGGCAAUAAUGUAUAUUUUACCUCGAUUGGCUGAUGAUUUUCACGUUAUUCGUGUUGCUCGUUCUGAUGCUGCAAUUAUUGAAUUGUCGCCAUCCAUUGUCUACUUUAUGCAUUAAUCAUUUUAUUCUAAUGUCAAUGUGUAAAACUACUGUUUUCUACAAAAGUAAGUGGCUAGAUUCUUUUUUUAUUUUUCCUUACAUUGCGCAGUAGCUGUCUCUUCCUACGCCUGUAUAUCGCUAAUUAACAUGAGGCUAUACUUGUUGCACUUGGUAAAUGAAAAGUUUCUGCACUAAUUGCUGAGUCUAUUUUAAUGAAUUCCAAUGCUCAAUCACCCUUUGCAAAGACGAUUCACUUAUAUUUUUUUAAACUCGUAACCACAAUUUGACAAAUCCGAAUUCCUGGGGAUUACAAUUCGUAUUUUUAAAUCUACCUAUGGUAUUUUAUGUUACGCUCAUCAAAGUUACUAACACCAACCACCCCUGUGGUAGGUGUGACCUAUUAUAAACGAAGAUAUUUCCUACCAGUAUUGUCUGUCAUAUACUCAGCUAAGUGAUGUCGAACAAUGUUAAGCCCAAUAUUUAGUGCACACAUUUGUGUACAUCCGGACAAAGAUCGAGUACAUUGUUCAGCGCUCUGUUCUGCAUGAACUUACUGAUGUGAGUCAUGGCUUGUAAACCUGGAAGACGUGCUUAAAAUUAUUUUAUCAGUGUAGUCAGCAUUGGUAGCCUGUUAUGGAAUUUUAGGUGUAGAGUACUGCAUAAAAGUGAUCAAACACUUAAUAACUUUGUGGAUGCUAGAUUAAAUGGGUGGUUACGUUUGGUCAACCGUCUCUCACCCUGUUUCGCUAUGCUAACUGACGUAAGAGAAGUGGGUUAAAAAAAUGGUACUAAAAAGUUGUGUUCGUGUUGAAUUACUGGCUACUAAUCCAAACUUUGCUAGGAAAUUCAGACUUCGUGAUUGGUUGCAGUUACCCAUUCACUUUUACUUUCUAUCCCCAUUUAAAACUUGAUCGUAAUAUUACAACACAAGUCCUCUUAUUCUUUGGACUCUUUCACUUUUCUCAGUUUACUACUAGUUAUUAUUUCUUCGAAUUCUUUGCUUUCCCUCUUGUUGAUUUCCUUCUAUGUUAUGUUGAGACAAGAUGUGAUUUGUAGCAUCUUUAACCAAUAUGCCUGUCUCAGUUCCUAUGUUUCUGCUUUUCUACUUGUGGGUCUCAUAUUUUAGGGUAGUACUAACUUAUAUUGUAUGUGAAACAUUAUAUGAUUGAAUAUCUCUUAGUUUUUAGUAUUCAAACUCUAGUCGUUGUUUUUCGAGUUCCCAUCAUUUUUAUCAUUUGAGUUUCUCAUUGUUCCGACGAUGACAUUCAUACUAUGGCCAUAUAUUUUCUCAUCCAGCCUGAUACACGACUCUUUGCAAGUCAAUUAACUUGUUUUGUUUAUAACGAAUUCAGAAUUUUUCCUUUUCUAGUGACCUGUUAUAAUGGUAAGAUUGUUAGAUGUUUGAAAUUAACUUGUUUACCAGAAAACUGGUUGUACUUUAAAUAUAGAUUAUUCCUCCCAUCCGAAAAGGUGUUAAUAUUUACUAUUUAUAUUUGUUUCAGCAAAGAUCAAGAUCUCGAAAGCCGUCUUAUGCCGAUGCUCAAAGAAAUCUUACAUGAAAGAGGCCAACGAUGCAUAGAGGAUUUGCGGACGUUCAUUUCAGAUCAUCAAGUCAAUGAAUCAAACAUGAAUGAAUUUAAAGAGAAAAAUCAUAUCGACUAGUUUUAAAACGACUUCUUUAAAGUUUGUGUAUAAUAAUUUCUCUUGUUUAUUAUCUUACGGCAUUUAGCUAAGUUUACAUUUCUCUGUAUGAAGAUCGUUGUUCGUUAGACAUCCAAGUUUGUGUAACCGACUGUUUCAUUGAUGAUAUUCUUCCAAAAAUACAGACAUUUGUUAUUUCUCGAUAAGCAGUAACAAUAUAUUUCUUUUUCUUGGAAUAAAAUACACACAUCAAAUUUUGGUUUCUCAUGCGAAUAACUUAUCUUACAAAAACGUUUGAUCAUUGAUCUCAAUAAAAGAAGAUUCAAGUAGCAC